CGUUAGAACUGAGGAAAGGAAGGGUAAGAAAGUAGCACCGCUCUGAACUUAUAUAGUAGAUUGUCGAACCCCUUUUGCAUAACAUCAGAUUUUUUUUUUUUAAAAAUGAAAGGGUCAGGAAAUUUCUUUUCAUGUAAACAAGGAUACACCAAGUAAUAGGAAUAAUUAAUACAAGUAUUUUUUUUCUUAUAUAAAAUCAGUGUGCUCUAAUAUUAAAAUGAAAAAGUGUGAAUUUCGGAAUCUGAAUAUGUUAACACUAAUUUUGAUUUUUUUGCUGAAUAUAAAUAGUGAAUUGAUUGCUCUUGAUGUAGCACCAAUUGAAGAAGAACCUCUCUCAACCGACUUAGAAAUUCCUGUCCCAGUCCAGGCAGUAGCAGGUGGACGAUUGUCUCUUCCAUGUGAUAUUACAUCUCCCAUAAUGGAUGAUGAAGUUUACUUAGUGCUUUGGUACAAAGACGAUGUUGCCACACCAAUUUACAGUUUAGAUGCCAGGAGAGGGCAUCUGGGUCAAGCAAGACAUGCGACCAACGAAGCACUUUCGUCCAGAGCUUUCUUCAGUUCAGUGCCUCAACCAGCUGUAUUAGAAAUAGAUAGGGUGUNUGGAUCGAUUUUUGAACUUCUUAAAGUUAAAAUUCCUGUCCCAGUCCAGGCAGUAGCAGGUGGACGAUUGUCUCUUCCAUGUGAUAUUACAUCUCCCAUAAUGGAUGAUGAAGUUUACUUAGUGCUUUGGUACAAAGACGAUGUUGCCACACCAAUUUACAGUUUAGAUGCCAGGAGAGGGCAUCUGGGUCAAGCAAGACAUGCGACCAACGAAGCACUUUCGUCCAGAGCUUUCUUCAGUUCAGUGCCUCAACCAGCUGUAUUAGAAAUAGAUAGGGUGUCAUUAGAGGAUGAGGGCAUUUAUCGAUGCAGAGUCGAUUUUAGAAAAGCACGAACGCAACAUUCAGCACUCAUUGUUUCAGUAGCAGGUAAUGAACAAAUUCCUGUCCCAGUCCAGGCAGUAGCAGGUGGACGAUUGUCUCUUCCAUGUGAUAUUACAUCUCCCAUAAUGGAUGAUGAAGUCUACUUAGUGCUUUGGUACAAAGACGAUGUUGCCACACCAAUUUACAGUUUAGAUGCCAGGAGAGGGCAUCUGGGUCAAGCAAGACAUGCGACCAACGAAGCACUUUCGUCCAGAGCUUUCUUCAGUUCAGUGCCUCAACCAGCUGUAUUAGAAAUAGAUAGGGUGUCAUUAGAGGAUGAGGGCAUUUAUCGAUGCAGAGUCGAUUUUAGAAAAGCACGAACUCAACAUUCAGCACUCAUUGUUUCAGUAGCAGUUCCUCCUGGAGAACCCAUUAUUAAAGAUCACAAUGGGAAAAUUUUAAAUGGAGUAAUUGGACCAUUUAAUGAAGGGGAUAGUCUUCUUCUCAUCUGUCAAGCUGAAGGAGGAAAGCCAUCGCCAUCUUUAAUAUGGUGGAAAAGCAGAAGAAUAAUAGAUGAUGGCUUUGAAGUAGUGGGUCAUAUUACCCGUAACGAGCUUUUCAUAGAAAAACUUCAAAGAAGAGAUUUGAUGGCUACGCUAACGUGCCAGACGACCAACAAUAUAAUAUCCCCUCCAUUAGAAGCUUCUGUUACUUUAGAUAUUCAAUAUAAACCACUUUCCGUUCACGUUAAAGGAAAAAGGAAGAAACUUUCCGCUAAAAAAACUGUGCAAUUUGAGUGUGAAGCCAGAGGUUCUAGACCGCCAGCUGUCAUAUCAUGGCGUAAGGGAAGCUUUAAAUUAAAAGAUGCUGUCAACAGGGUUUCUGCUCAAGGUAAUGUUACAACAAGUAUCUUGACAAUUACGCCCUCUAGUGAUGAUAAUGGGAAGUUUCUCUACUGUCAAGCUGACAAUCCAUCGAUAUCAGGAAGUUCUAUUGAAGAUGGAUGGAAGUUAGAUGUUCACUAUGUGCCUCAACUCAAUCUCCGACUCGGAAGCAAACUGCGCCAUACAAAUAUUAUUGAAGACAUGGACGUGUAUUUCGAAUGUAAUGUGAGAGCCAAUCCUUGGGUAUCAGAAUCAGGAUGGAGAUUCGAAGGCUAUCAUCUAGAAAACAAUGCGAGUGCUGGUGUAGUUAUUAGUAAUCAAUCAUUAGUUCUACAAAAAGUAAGCCGAGAACAGAGAGGGCGCUAUAGCUGCCUUGCAACCAAUAACGAAGGGCAAGGCGAAAGUAAUCAUGUUUAUCUACGGGUACAAUAUUCCCCAGUUUGUAAGAUCGAUCGCGUGACUACGCUUACCACAAUGAUAAAUCAACCUGUUAAGAUAACUUGCGAAGUGGAAGCUGAUCCUGAUGAAGUUGAUUUCAGGUGGGAAUUUAACGGUACUUCACCAGGUGGCGAUAUGCACGUAGUCUCAGUUCCUGGAUCUACAACAAGUAGCUUGCUUACAUAUAAUCCUAAAUCUGAAACCGACUUCGGGCAUAUUUAUUGCUGGGGCACGAACAGCGUUGGAACGCAAAAUACUCCUUGUAUAUACUUCAUCGAUAUAACAGAGUCUUCCAUUGAAAUCAGCAACUGUUCUUUGAUAGCAGUGACUGAAACCUCCAUUAUCAUUCAUUGCAAUUCAUCGUCACAUAACUCUAAAGAAUGUUUUAGUGUAGAAAUGCAGUCCGUCCACAACGAUGAUUUUGUACAAAACUUUACCGUGAAGAAUUCUGUCAUUGAGCUGAUUGGAUUGAAAUCCAACAUUUUUUAUGAUAUAAAAAUAGCUGCCUGUGAUGAUUUUGAGAAGAGGAAAGUUUUUUCCCUUGAAGUAUUGACACUGCCAACAGUUUCAACGCGAAAAGAAGCUGCUGAUGAGAGUUGGGGGUUAUUCGAUCAAAAUUUCAUAAUAUAUUUGAUUACUGCGUCGUUGGGUGUGGCAAUCAUCAUUAGCUUGCUAAUAAUUUGCAUCAUGAAGACCCGUUCGAGUGGAAGAAAGAGUAAAGAUUCUUCAGUUUGCCAAGGAAAUGAAAAAUCACCCCAUAACUCUGAGAAGUCAGCAGAUUCAUUUUCUGAAGGCUGUUUGUACCCUGGAAGAGAAGAAGAUUUAAAAAGAGAGAAUAUUCCAGAUGUAGUAGUCUUCAGUGGUAACGUAAAACCCGAAGAGAGUGACAGAAUGCAGUCGUUUUCAACUAGUAGCGCCUAUUGGAAUCAUAUGACUCUUCCACCCGAAAAUGAAAUGACACCACAAACAAAAAUGAAGAAUGUGGCCGGUCCUACACCUUGGACAACAGGUGAUUGGGUUAUUUCACCUCAUCCUGUCGAAAUGGUGACCUUGCAAUAUCAUAUGCCACCAGCAUCUACCACUUCCGAAGAAAAUCGACUACAAUACAAUAAACAACAAGUGCCUUUACAAACAUUAUCUACUAUUCCAGAAACGGCGGCAAUAAUGUCUUCGUCUAACACCCUCCCAAGAGCAACUACUGCAAAACAAACUGAUGUUUGACGAAUAUAAUGUUUUCGAAAGGAUGUUAAACUGAGAUCGUGGGAUCUAUUAAAAUAAAAGAUAUAAAAAUGGCACAAUGACUGAAAAUCAAACCAUAUUAGCUCAAACAUGAUUUUUGUGGAAAAAGUGUAAAGUUUGGAUUUACCAAAAUUUUUCCGGGAUGAAAAUUGAAGAAAAUGUCAAGAUAAAAUUCAAAAUUUUUGUAUCGGAUGUAAUGCAUUUGGUAGAAGUUCAAGAACUGAAUCAAACAAUAUGAAUAAGUUUUGUAAACCUGUCAAAUGGGAAUAGUAAGAAAUGUAUUUUAAAAGUUAUACAUUUAUGCAAAAUAAAAAUAAC